AUGUGCUGUUCAGCACCAAAAUGGAAAGAAGAAAUUAAAAAUAAUAAGGUCACAGAUCAUAAAUUUGAUUUUGUUGACUUGGAUGAAUUUAAAUACACAAGUAUUACUGGAAAAUUAACUGGAAGAAUAACCUAUUCCUUUGUCUUCCUUGUUGUAUUAAAAUCCGUACUUAUUUACGUUGCUGAUAUAUGGACUGCUGGACUUUUACUUUUUUUUGACCGUUGGGGAUCUGCAAUACAACCAAAAAUUCCUUUCUAUGUUUCAAAAUGGAUUUAUAUUGGAAGUAUUAUUGCUUCAUUUUUACUUUUGGCUUGGGAUAUUAGAAAAGCUAAAAGGAUCUAUGACUCAAGAGAUAUAUCAUAUGCGUUUACCAAUAUUGUAGCUUACAGAGCUUAUACCUUGAAAAGUUAUGCCCAUUUUUGCUUUUUUAGCAAAAUUAAUAAUUCUCAAAAGUUGAUCGAUAAAAUCGCUUUCUUUGUGUUCUUUUCAUUUAAAGGUUGGAAACGUCUUCUCUUUGCUGAAGCACCACGUCAAGCCAUUAAUGGCACCACAUUAUUUUUCCUUAUUCAAUUAAAUAAAUCAAAACAAUAUCUUGAUAUCAACAACUAUGGAGAUAGUGUUCAUCGUCUUGCUAUGGCAACAAUGGCAUUUUCUCUCUUCCUUUUUCGCCUUAAGAAACAACACUAUGAAGCUGAAGUUGAACCUAAAGGAAAUUUUGCCCAUUCUAGCAAGAAAAAAGAUAUUGAAGCACAACCUUUUAAUCAGCCAACCUUACCAACUGUCGAUUACCUUGAUGAUUCAUUAUCAGGCUUGCCACCAUACGGUUUGUCAAGGUCUGGUACUCCGGUCCCUCAACGUUCUGGAACUCCAGGACUUGCUGUCCCAUCGCGAGCAGGAACAGUCAAUUACGGUCCCCCAACAAUUGGAACUCUUGAUUAUGGUCCACCGAGAGUCGGAACACCUGACUAUGGUCCACCAAGAGUUGGAACUCCUGAUUAUGGUCCACCAAGAUCUAGAACUCCUGAACUUGGCCCUCCGAGAGUUGGAACUCCUGAUUAUGGUCCACCAAGAGUUGGAACUCCUGAUUAUGGUCUACCAAGAUCUAGAACUCCUGAACUUGGCCCUCCGAGAGUUGGAACUCCUGAUUAUGGUCCACCAAGAUCUAGGACCCCUGAUUAUGGUCCACCAAGAUCUGGAACUCCCGGUCCGCCUAGGAUUGGAACUCCUGAUUAUGGUCCACCAAGAACUGGAACUCCUAGUUAUGGUCCACCACGUGGUGGAACAACUGGUCAUGGUCCACCUAGGUUUGGAACUCCCGGAUAUGGUCCACCGAGAGUUGGAACUCCCGGAUAUGGUCCAUCGAGGAUUGGAACCCCUGUAUCAAGAACUGGAACACCCGUUGGUUAUCGUGGACAUUAUACAGGUCAUCAUGGUGGCAAUUCAUCUGAACUUCCAGGUUAUUCAAAUAAUACUUCUACUGCAUAUCCAUUAGGAUCAGGUCAUCAAUAUCAAAAUAGAUCACAAUAUUCUGCACUUACUAGAACAGGAACUUCUAGUGCACCAAAAACUAGUUACGAAAGUUUAGUAACUGCUUUGGCUUCAAAACAAAAUCAAUCAUCAGUUCAAAGAGAAUCCUUAGACGAAAAUCCUCAUAAUAAACCAUUUAUUGAUGAUCAAUCAAUUAAGGAACAUUACUAUAAAGAUUUCAAUAAUUCGGAUUAUCAAGAUUCACAAAAUUCACAUACAAUAAUACCACCACCACAAUCAUCUUCAAUAUCAUCAGGUUAUAACAAUAGUCAAUUAUCUCGAAAUAAUAGCAUGAAUCCUGGUUCUGACAUAGCACCUACAGGAUAUUGA